UGUUCCCUUAAUUAUUAUAUUGAAAUGGCUCUCUCACGUCUCUCCUUGGCAUUCUCCUUUCUUGUACUGUCAUUUAUAGCAAUUGCUUCGGCUGGCGAUUAUGGUGAUACUGCUUCAUCUAAGUAUGGUUUUGACGGAACACCGGCUGACAGCCCUCAGGCAAAGCCAGAAGAAGCUCAAAAGCCUCAAUACGGUACCAAACCCGAUUACUACCAGCCCAAACCGGUAUACAAAGAGAAGCCUGGUCAUGCUGAUGAUUCAUCAAAGUAUGGUUUUGAUGGAAUACCGGCUGACAGCCCUCAAGCAAAACCAGAAGGAGAAGAGAAGCCUAAUUAUGGCACAAAUCAAGACGCCUACAAGCCAAAACCAGAAGAGAAGGAAAAGCCUGACUAUAGCAAAAAGCCAUCCGUUGUCAAACCAAAGUCGGAAGGCGAAGACAAGCCUAAUUAUGGCACAAAUCAAGGCACCUACAAGCCAAAACCAGAAGCAAACGAAAAAUCUGGUUACAACAGAAACUCAUAUGUUGUAAAACCAAAACCAGAUAACUACAAGCAAGCAAAGCCAGAUGAGAAGCCUUCCUAUGGAACAAAAUCUGAAGCAAACUAUCUCUCCUCUGCUGUUCAAGGGACUGUUUUAUGUAAAACAGGUUCCAAGUAUUACCCAAUUCAAGGGGCUUUGGCAACGAUAACAUGUAAAGCUGUUGAUGAGAUCGGUUACUAA